AUGACUAAACUUCACUCCCUCAAAGUCGGUAUCGAUUUUGGAACAACCUACUCCGGUGUAGCAUGGGCCCACACCGCAACUCCCGAUGAAAUCAACGUUAUCCAGCGCUGGCCAGCAGGCGGUAACCGCAACUCCGAAAAAGUCCCCACAGAAAUCGCCUACUCCGCCGACGGCACCAGCUUCAAAUGGGGGUUCGAGCUGCCUCUCGAGUCCGAGAAGCUCAUCUGGAUCAAGCUGCUCCUCGACCCCAGCAAGUACGACAGCGACUCGGCCAACUCGCCCCUCAGCAAGACCAAGCACCUCAUCCCCGCCGGAAAAGAGCCCGUGGACGUCGUGGCCGACUAUCUCGGCGCGCUGAAGCGCCACACGGUCGAUACGCUUGAGCGCAACUUUGGAAAAGAGUUCCUGGAGGCCACGCCGAUCGACUGGGUCAUGACUGUGCCGGCGGUGUGGAGCGACGCGGCGAAGGCGACGACGCUGCGGGCGGCGGAGGCGGCCGGGUUGGGCGAGGGAACGAAGAUUAGAAUGAUUAGUGAGCCCGAUGCGGCGGCGGUGUGUACAUUGAGAGACAUCCAGCCGAAUUCGCUGAGGGUCGAUGAUACGUUCAUUGUGGUUGAUUGUGGUGGUGGUACGGUGGAUCUUAUUUCUUACCAAAUCACGGCGCUCAAACCUACACUUGAAGUGAAGGAGUGCGCAGUGGGUACCGGUGGCAUGUGUGGAUCUACAUACAUCAAUGCCAACUUUGAGAACUUUGUGCGAAAGCGGAUCGGCGACGAUGUUUUCAACGCCAUGAAGCCCAAGGGCCGCAUCGUGAUGUUGAAGCAUUUCGACGAGUUCCUCAAGCGCACGUUCAGCGACGAGGACGAGGAUGAGGACGAGGACAUCUUCUCCUGCCCCAUUCCCGGAGUCGCGGACAAUGAAGAGGCGGGUGUAGAGGACGGCUUCUUCAUCCUCACGCGAGAGGAGAUGAAGGGGAUCUUUGACCCCGUGAUUUCCCAGAUUGUCGGGUUGGUGCAGAAGCAGAUGGAUGCUGUUGAGAGCGGUGACGACGGCUUCGACGUCUCCGCAAUCCUGCUAGUCGGAGGUUUCGGUGCAAGUGAAUACCUCCGGCAGCGACUGUUUAAGGAUCUCAAGAGUACCCGCAAUCCUGAUGUUGAAGUCGAGAUUCUGCAACCCACAAACGCGUGGAGUGCCGUGGUGCGUGGUGCUGUGUUGCGUGGGCUGGAGGGAGGCAUUGUGAGAAGCCGUCACGCAAGAAGAAAUUACGGUGUCAACUGUACUCAGGCCUUUGACUCUAAUGUUCACGAUGAGGCAGAAAAGUAUCUCAGCUCAUUUGAUGGUACACCAAGAGUGCGCGAUCGUGCUUUCUGGUAUAUCAAGAAGGGUGAUGAGGUUAGUGAGGAUAAACCAAUCAGUUUCCCGUUCUACAACAGGUGGAAGACACACUGGGACGAGGAGAUGGUGUUUGAGGAUGAUUUGGUGGCGAGUGAGCUUGAUGAGGCGCCAAUCAAGACGAAUAGUACUGAUACAUAUUUGGUGUGUAAACUGACGUCGAGACUCCCGGCAUCAAUACCGAAGGACAUCUUUCCAAAGAGAACGAGUCCGUACGGGUUUGAGUAUUAUGAUAUCAACUAUAAUCUCAUCAUGACGGUAGAGAGUGCAACAUUGACUUUUGAGUUUGAGUUUGAGGGUAAAACUUAUGGCAGUGUCACUGCAAAGUAUUAUUAA